UGGAAAGAAGAUUAACCUUAUUAUUUGAAAAAAAAAUUAACAAAUAAAUUAAUUUAGUAAUAGUGCAAUACACGUUAAAAACUCCUAGAAUAACAUGGACAAUUAAAUUAAAGACAUUUGUAUAUGGAGUAUAUUUGGAUUGUAAUAAGGGACAGGAUAGGAUAAAAAACCACAUUAUCUCUCCAUUUCUAUACCAAAAUUUUCAUGAUAAGAGAUAAAAAAUGAGUUUUAAAAGAUUAAAAAAGAAAUUAAAAGACUAUCAUCCCUUAAUGAAAUUAAAAGACAAAAAAAAAAAAAAAAGGGUGUUGUUAAACGUCGUUUGCAUUUUACUAGGUGACGUUCACAUUUUUUACAUGAAUUUCCUAAAUUGCCCUCCGUAUAUAAAUACUCGAUAAAGUAAGUUAGGGCUUUACGAGACAUUUCCCAUCUCACAAAAUCACUCUUUGACACUUUCUCUCUCUAAAACCUUCCAAAAAAUCAGAAAUUUUGAAAAAAAAAAAAAUCAGAAAUUUUUUUUUUAAAAAAAACCAAAAUAGUUGAAGGCUACUCAAAUACAAGCAAAUCUUGCAAUCAAACGUUGAAUCCGACAAUGGCAGACCGACGGAGUAUUAGGCUGACGUUUGGUGGUCGUGGUGGCGGCGUUAGCGGCGGCGAGCCGAUUGAGGGUUCUGGUCCUCGUCAUGCAAGAUCAAGACGUUUGAAUGCGUCUGUUAGGAGGGAGUUAGGUGGUGCAGGACCUUCACAUGCACCGUUUCAGCAUGAGCAGCAGUAUGGGACUGCUGGUGCUUGGUCGGGGGAGCACCAGUCACAGGGGAGCGCCCCCAUGUAUUCGUCUACUGGAGUGCCUUCAUCAGAUGAGGAUGAGGAUGAAGAUCGAGGAAGUCAAUCUGCUGGAGAUGCACAGUACGACCCUCAGGAUUACCGUACUGUGUAUAGGGGUGACCAUGGGAGAUAUGUUAGCAGUAGUGAACCAGGUCAAGCUUCUACCAGCUCGUCAGAGUCAUGAGUGGUGCAGGAGCCGAUGCCAGGUGGGCCUGAGGAUGGUACCGUUAUUCCGAGUUUUGGGGGUCACGUGUCU